CUGUGAAGAACCGAUAGCUAGCAUCUACUGAAAACAUACACAAUCGUGAACGGUCAACGAAUGCCGGUAACAAAGUUUAAAAAAGCGAUCAAGUAACAUCAGCUUGCCGCACCUUGAUAGUCGAUGUGCGAGCCAUAUCACCGGUCAACUGUUUGAAUCGUUGCAUACACUGACAGCGAAAUGGAACAUAUCCGAACGCCAAAGGUAAGAAACCGAACGUUAACUAGUGUAGCAAUUAUUUUUUACCACCCAGCAAAACAUUUCACAUGCAUGUUAUGUAGUUAGCUAGCUAACUAUAAUGACUUGCUAUGCAAUAACGAAUGGUCUAACUGUACGUCGCUCUGGAUAAGAGCGUCUGCUAAAUGACUAAAAUGUAAAUGUAAAAACGGUGCGUUGACAGUGGUGCCCAAAUAGAUAUAGGGUUAUAUUGCAGGGCUAGCCAGCCAGCCAGCCAGCUAUCUAACUUGAUAUUAAUUAUAGUCAGUCUUGUUUUGUUUCCAAGAAAAGCGGAUUCUGCUGCACGGCCUGGUCUUUAGAAUGGCCUAUAUGAUGGUCUUUAGAAUGGGCGGAAUGGUCUUUUGAAUGAGCGGAAUGGUCAAUUAGGCUCGCGUUUUGGGUGGUGAUUCAGAACAGGAUAGAGAGAGCGACUCGGAGAAGCCACUGUGGACAUAGAUAACUAAAACACUUCAUCACGUAACUCUGUGGAGACUGCCUUCUUGGUAUACACUUGGUUAUCUCUCUCUAUGGCGCUUGACAACUGUGUGAUGUGCUGGUCGCUGUGCCAGUGACCUGUUUUUGUAGCGAGCCGCCUCUUGCUUCUGUUUGUCCUCCUUGGCACAAACACGAUAUUAGAUUUAUUAGACUAGCUUGCAUGUUUCCUGAUAAUGCAUUUAGUGUGACGGAUCAUGGUGCCACCACUACGUCAAAGGAGCAAGCAAAGUUGACAAUGUUUUCUUCAUGCUAUAGUGAGUGACAGACGUCAUCACAGCCACUGUUUUCUUAGGCUCAAAGCUUUCAUGUUGAUGUCAAAGUAUAUUUCUGGUGUAACUUAAUAAAAAGCUGGGUUGAAGAGCCACCUCAAAGUCCUUUGUAGGGAUUUUUUUCCAUCAGUAAAGUGCUGCCUGAAGAUCAGCGUCUCGUCAACACUUUAAAAAAGUACUUCCGGGGCACGGAAUUUCAAAAUAAAAAUCCCCCACGUAAUAGUAGAAAUGUGUCAAUAGCUUGUAUUUCUUCAUGAUAUAUGAAAAAUAAUUGUGUGAACAUUAACAAUGAUUCAUAUUUGUUCAUAUUUAAGUGACAUUUGCAUUAAAUAUGGAUUUUAAAACAUGUUCCAAGGUCAAAUAAAUGCCCCCAAUGCGAAUCAAUAGCAAAAACUAUUCUGGGUGCAGCAGUAAAAGUGUUGUAGGGAAUACUCAGUACAACAAGGUCCUGGGGGCAGAGGCCAAAAGACUGCAGAUGGGGAAAAACCCCUGCAGGCAACCACACCCAUCCUUUCACCUGAACAAAACAAAGAAGUGUGUCUGUUGAACUGACACUUGUAGGGUGUGGUUGUUUUGUUCAGGUGACACGGUGGGUGUGGUUGCCUGCAGGGGUGUUUCCCAUCUGCAGUAUUUUGGGCUCUGCCCCCAGGACCCUGCUUGAACUCUUAAAGCACACAGACAGUCAACCCCUGAUUAUUUCCAAAUAUUUGGUUCACGGUUGCGCUAAACUGGAUCAUGCAGAUAUCCGGACCGGAGCAAGGAAAUAUAAUGUAUUCAAUUGGGAUGGCAAAUGCACUUACGUUAAAUGGUAAACAGAACACACUGAGUCAUCAGCUUGACUUCAGGCCCGUCAACAACCGUUUCUUCCCUCAUCCUCUUUUUUCCAUCUCCUUCAGUCUACACACACACACACACACACACACACACACACACACACACACACACUUCCUGUUCUUCUGUUUUCUGCCAGACCUUGACUGAGCUGACUGAUCGCCAUCCUGUGGAGUUGCCUAGCGCCACACUGGUUGCUGGGAGACAGAGAGAGACCUUUUCAAAGAGAGGGAGAAAGAGAGAGAAUAGGCUACUUGUCUAUUCAGUCAAGCAGUUUUCAAUGAUGUCAUUAAAGUGAGACAUAACCUACAGGGUGUGAAGACAAAAGGUUACAGAGUUAAGUUAGCCUAGUUAUUCAUCUUCUAACCACUCAGUCAGUGUUCUACUCUGGUCCCACUGACUCAGUCAAUGUUCUACUGACAUUCAGGCUGUGGCAGUGUUAGCGAGGACAUGGUAGUACGUAUUUUCCAAUACUAAUGCAUGGUAUACAAAGUGCAUGGUAUUUUCCAAUACUAAUGCAUGGUAUACAAAGUGCAUGGUAUUUUCCAAUACUAAUGCAUGGUAUACAAAGUGCAUGGUAUUUUCCAAUACUAAAACCAUGUAAUUACUACUUUGGAAGGACAUUCCAUAGAGCAAGUCAAAACAUACAACUAUCUGGGAGUUUUGGUGGAUGAGAAGUUGAGCUUCACCACCCAUGUAGAGAACCUUAUCAGGAAACUGAGGCUGAAUAUUGGGUUUUAUUACCAGCACAAAGCGUGUUUUUCCUUUACCACCAGAAAGGAGUUGAUUCGUUCUCCUUUUCUCUUUGUGUUGGAUUAUGGUGAUACUAUUUAUGUGCGAGCCUCAAGCUCUACACUGAAGGCUCUUGACUCUGUGUAUCAUGCAGCCCUUUGUUUUGUCACCAAUCAGAGACCAUUGUGAUCUCUACAAUGCUGUUGGGUGGACAUCACUAGCAACACGCAGGCUCAAACACUGGUACAUUCUUAUUUAACAGGCCAUUUUAGGAAAACUGCCAUUGCAUCUAUUCUCUCUUCUAGCUCGAAAUGAAAAUGCAUACAAGCUCAGAUCUCAAUCUUGUUUUAUGCUAACAGUCAUGAAAAUUUUAACAGAGCAUGGAAAAAGGUCCUUUCAUUACUCAGCCCCCUGGUGUUGGAAUUCCCUUCAAGCCAACCUUAAACUCCAGGACCGGGUGUCCCUGGAGGAAUUCAAAGGACAAAUGGAUGAACAGGUUGUUGAGACAUGUAGUUGUCACCUGAUGUCACUAGUUUGCGUUGCCUUCUGGAAGGAAGCGCGCUUUGCUUUACAAACACCAUACACAUACACUGUUUGUUUGCUGUUGUAUUUCUGCUGUUGCCAGUAUCUUUUGUCUGUGUUGUCCAUUUUGUCUUACUUGUAAAACAUAUAGAGUUGAAGUCGGAAGUUUACAUACACCUUAGCCAAAUACAUUUAAACUCAGUUUUUCACAAUUCCUGACAUUUAAUCCUAGUAAAAAUUCACUGUCUCAGGAUCACCACUUUAUUUUAAGAAUGUGAAAUGUCAGAAUAUUAGGAGAGAGAAUUAUUUAUUUCAGUUUUUAUUUCUUUCAUCACAUUCCCAGUGGGUCAGAAGUUUACAUACACUCAAUUAUUAUUUGGUAGCAUUGCCUUUAAAUUGUUUAACUUGGGUCAAAUGUUUCGGGUAGCCUUCCACAAGCUUCCCACAAUAAUUUGGGUGAAUUUUAGCGCAUUCCUCCUGACAGAGCUGGUGUAACUGAGUCAGGUUUGUAGGCCUCCUUGUUCGCACAUGCUUUUUCAGUUCUGCCCACACAUUUUCUAUAGGAUUGAGGUCAGGGCUUUGUGAUGGCCACUCCAAUACCUUGACUUUGUUGUCCUUAAGCCAUUUUGCCACAACUUUGGAAGUAUGCUUGGGGUCAUUGUCCAUUUGGAAUACUUAUUUGCGAACAAGCUUUAACUUCCUGACUGAUGUCUUGAGAUGUUGCUUCAAUAUAUCCACAUAAUAUUCCUUCCUCUUGAUGCCAUCUAUUUUGUGAAGUGCACCAGUCCCUCCUGCAGCAAAGCACCUCCACAGCAUGAUGCUGCCACCCCUGUGCUUCACGUUGGGAUGGUGUUCUUCGGCUUGCAAGCCACCCCCUUUUUCCUCCAAACAUAACGAUGUUCAUUAUGGCCAAACAGUUCUAUUUUUGUUUCAUCAGACCAGAGGACAUUUCUCCAAAAAGUACGAUAUUUGUCCCCAUGUGCAGUUGCAAACCGUAGUCUGGCUUUUUUAUGGCAGUUUUGGAGCAGUGGCUUCUUCCUUGCUGAGCGGGCUUUCAGGUUGUCGAUAUAGGACUCGUUUUACUGUGGAUAUAGAUACUUUUGUACCUGUUUCCUCCCGCAUCUUCACAAGUUCCUUUGCUGUUGUUCUGGGAUUGAUUUGUACUUUUCGCAUCAAAGUACGUUCAUCUCUAGGAGACAGAACGCGUCUCCUUCCUGAGCGGUAUGACGGCUGCGCGGUCCCAUGGUAUUUAUACUUGCGUACUAUUGUUUGUACAGAUGAACGUGGUACCUUCAGGCGUUUGGAAAUUACUCCCAAGGAUGAACCAGCAUUUUUUUUUAGAUUUUCCUAUGAUGUCAAGCAAAGAGGCACUGAGUUUGAAGGUAGGCCUUGAAAUACAUCCACAGGUACACCUCCAAUUGACUCAAAUGAUGUCAAUUAGCCUAUCAGAAGCUUCUAAAGCCAUGACAUCAUUUUCUGGAACUUUCCAAGCUGUUUAAAGGCACAGUCAACUUAGUGUAUGUAAACUUCUGACACACUGGAAUUGUGAUACAGUGAAUUAUAAGUGAAAUAAUCUGUCUGUAAACAAUUGUUGGAAAAAUUACUUGUGUCAUGCACAAAGUAGAUGUCCUAACCGACUUGCCAAAACUAUAGUUUGUUAACAAGACAUUUUUGGAGUGGUUGAAAAACAAGUUUUAAUGACUCCACCCUAAGUGUAUAUAGACUUCCGACUUCAACUGUAUAUAUUUUUAUCUUAGCCCCCGUCCCCACAGGAGGCCUUUUACCGCUUGCCGUCAUUGUAAAUAAGAAUUUGUUCUUAAUUGACUUGCCUGGUUAAAUAAAGGUUAAAUAAAUAAAAAUAGGGAGAACAUUUCUCUCUCUCUGUGUGUGUGUGUGAGAGAGACAACAAGUGUACAGUUAAAAAUGAGCAAAAAACACACAUUUCUUUCCACAGGGCCGUGGGGUGAGACAGGAAUGCAGUUUAAGCCCCACCCUCUUCAACAUAUAUAUCAACGAAUUGGCGAGGGCACUAGAACAGUCUGCAGCACAUGGCCUCACCCUACUAGAAUCUGAAGUAAAAUGUCUUCUGUUUGCUGAUGAUCUGGUGCUUCUGUCACCAACCAAGGAGGGCCUACAGCAGCACCUAGAUCUUCUGCACAGAUUCUGUCAGACCUGGGCCCUGACAGUAAAUCUCAGUAAGACAAAAAUAAUGAUGUUCCAAAAAAGGUCUAGUUGCCAGGACCACAAAUACAAAUUCCAUCUAGACACCAUUGCCCUAGAGCACACAAAAAACUAUACAUACCUUGGCCUAAACAUCAGUGCCACAGGUAACUUCCACAAAGCUGUGAACGAUCUGAGAGACAAGGCAAGAAGGGCCUUCUAUGCCAUCAAAAGGAACAUAAAAUUUGACAUACCAAUUAGGGUCUGGCUAAAAAUACUUGAAUCAGUUAUAGAACCCAUUUCCCUUUAUGGUUGUGAGGUCUGGGGUCCGCUCACCAACCAAGAAUUCACAAAAUGGGACAAACACCAAAUUGAGACUGCAUGCAGAAUUCUGCAAAAAUAUCCUCUGUGUACAACGAAAAACACCAAAUAAUGCAUGCAGAGCAGAAUUAGGCUGAUACCCACUAAUUAUCAAAAUCCAGAAAAGGGCCGUUAAAUUCUAUAACCACUUAAAAGGAAGCGAUUCCCAAACCUUCCAUAACAAAGCCAUCACCUACAGAGAGAUUAACUUGGAGAAGAGUCCCCUAAGCAAGCUGGUCCUGGUGCUCUGUUCACAAACACAAACAGACCCCACAGAGCCCCAGGACAACAACACAAUUAGACCCAACCAAAUCAUGAGAAAACUAAAAGAUAAUUACUUGACACAUUGGAAAGAAUUAACAAAAAAACUGAGCAAACUAGAAUGCUAUUUGGCCCUAAAUAGAGUACACAGUGGCAGAAUACCUGACCACUGUGACUGACCCAAAUUUAAGGAAAGCUUUGACUAUGUACAGACUCAGUGAGCAUAGCCUUCCUAUUGAGAAAGGCCGCCGAAGGCAGACCUGGCUCUCAAGAGAAGACAGGCUAUGUGCACACUGCACACAAAAUGAGGUGGAAACUUAGCUGCACUUCCUAACCUCCUGCCAAAUGUAUGACCAUAUUAGAGACACCUAUUUCACUCAGAUUACACAGACCCACAAAGAAUUUGAAAACAAACCCAAUUUUGAUCAACUCUCUUAUCUACUGGGUGAAAUACCACCGUGUGCAAUCACAGCAGCAAGAUUUGUGACCUGUUGCCACAAGAAAAGGGAAACCAGUGAAGAACAAACACCAUUGUAAAUGCAACCCAUAUUUAUGUUGAUUUAUUUUCCCAUUUGUACUUUAACUAUUUGCGCAUUUACAUUUUUAAAAAAACAUUUUUAGUCAUUUAGCAGACGCUCUUAUCCAGAACGACUUACAUGAGCAAUUAGGGUGCUCAAGGGCACAUCGACAGAUUUUUCACCUAGUUGGCUCGGGGAUUAGAACCAGCAACCUUUCGGUUACUGGCACAACGCUCUUAACCACUAAGCUACCUGCCGCCCCCACAUUGUUACACUGUAUAUAGACAUAAUGACAUUUGAAAUGUCUUUAUUCUUUUGGAACUCCUGAGUGUAAUGUUUACUGCAAAUCACAGCCACUCCAAAGCUCUUUUACAUACACAGCUGUAAUUAUAAUUGCCAGCCUUUCUUUCUGGUUGAGUGGCUAAUGGUCUGCUUGUUGUAUAACUGACAACAAGUACUGUGUCUGAUUGACACCUCUAUAUAGAUUGUCAGAUGCGUAUCCUAUUUCAUUACUCUGUGGGUGGGGGGGGGGGUUAUUGUUUACCUGUGUUCUAAACGUUGUUUACCUGUGUGUGUACUUGUACAGGUGGAGCAGGUCCGUCUGUUGGACCGCUUCAGUAACAAGUCGACCAGCGGAACGCUGCACCUGACGGCUACACACCUCAUCUUCGUGGAGAGCAAUGCCACCGCCGCACAGGAGAUCUGGGUGAGAAGGACCUUUUUAUUCAAUGCAGAACACACCUUAUCUCACACAGAGCUCUGAAUUCAGAAUGUAGGACUUGCUUUAGCUAUGGCCUGACACACCCAUCUACAGCGCACUUUGAUACGGAGGUAUUUUGAUUGGGUGGGUGUGUUGUCUUGAGUCAGAUCUCUGGUUUAUGGAGUUACGGUCUACAGUGUGAUUUCAACAGAGAAACUGCUGCCAGAGUUCCUACACACUUCCUUCCUCUUCUACUGCUGAGCACAGGGGACAGUUUGUGUGUAGGAGUUAAUGUGGUAGCUGGCAGUCAGCCAGUCAGAGUGAGGAGCCAGGCACAAUUUUCCUCCAGGUCAUAAAAUAUUGAAGAAAGGUUGAAACCGUGUCUGACUCAGAUCAGGUGAGAUCAGCAUUUUAAGUCUCUCUCUCCUCUCUUCGCUCUCUCUCAAUUUAAGGGCUUUAUUGGCAUGGGAAACGUAUGUUAACAUUGCCAAAGCAAGUGAAAUAGAUAGUAAACAAAAGGGAAAUAAACAAUCAGAAAUUAACAGUAAACAUUCCAAAUAUUAUAUUAUUGCUAUGUACAGUGUUGUAACAAUGUGCAAAUAGUUGAAGUAUGAAAGGGAAAAUAAACAGAUACAUAGGUUGUAUUUACAGUGGUGUUUGUUCUUCACUGGUUGCCCUUUUCUUGUGGCAACAGGUCACAAAUCUUGCUGCUGUGGUGGCACACUGGUAUCUCACCUAAUAGAUAUGGGAGUUUAUCAAGAUUGGAUUUGUUUUCAAAGUCUUUGUGGGUCUGUGUAAUCUGAGGGAAAUAUGUGUCUCUAACAUGGUCAUACAUUUGACAGGAGGUUAGGAAGUGCAGCUCGGUUUCCACCUCAUUUUGUGGACAGUGUUCACAUAGCCUGUCUUCUCUUAAGAGCCAGGUCUGCCGAUGGCAGCCUCUCUCAAUAGCAAGGCUAUGCUCAUUGAGUCUGUACAUAGUCAAAGCUUUACUUAAUUUUGAAUCAGUCACAGUGGUCAGGUAUUCUGCCACUGUGUACUCUCUGUUUAGGGCAAAAUAACAUUCCAGUUUGCAUUUUUUUUGUUGAUUCUUUCCAAUGUGUGAAGUAAUUAUUUUUUAGUUUUCUCAUGAUUUGGUUGGGUCUAAUUGUGUUGCUGUUGUGGGGCUCUGUGGGAUCUGUUUGUGUUUGUGAACAGAGCCCCAGGACCAGCUGGCUGAGGGAACACUUUUCCAGGUUCAUUUAUCUGUAGGUGACGGCUUUGUUAUGGAAGGUUUGGGAAUCACUUAUUUUAGCAGAUUUUUUUUCUGGAUUUUGAUAAUUAGCGUGAAUUGUCCUAAUUUUGCUCUGCGUGCAUUAUUUGGUGUUUUACAUUGUACUCUGAGGAUGUUUUUGCAUAAUUCUGCAUGCAGCGUGUCAAUUUGGUGUUUGUCGCAUUUUGUGAAUUCUUGGUUGGUGAGUGGACCCCAGACCUCACAACCAUAGAGGGCAAUGGGUUCCAUAACUGAUUCAAGUAUUUUUUGCCAGAUCCUAAUUGGGAUGUUCUUUUGAUGGCAAAGAAGGCCCUUGCCUUUUCUCUCAGAUCGUUCACAGCUUUGUGGAAGUUACAGUUGAAGUCCGAAGUUGCAAACCGUAGUGUGGCUUUUUUAUGGCGGUUUUGGAGCAGUGGCUUCUUCCUUGCUGAGCGGCCUUUCAGGUUAUGUCGAGAUAGGACUCGCUUUACUGUGGAUCUACGGUGGGGAGAACAAGUAUUUGAUACACUGCCGAUUUUGCAGGUUUUCCUACUUACAAAGCAUGUAGAGGUCUGUAAUUUUUAUCAUAGGUACACAAAAACUGUGAGAGACAGAAUCUAAAACAAAAAUCCAGAAAAUCAUAUUGUAUGAUUUUUAAGUAAUUAAUUUGCAUUUUAUUGCAUGACAUAAGUAUUUGAUACAUCAGAAAAGCAGAACUUAAUAUUUGGUACAGAAACCUUUGUUUGCAAUUAGAGAUCAUACGUUUCCUGUAGGUCUUGACCAGGUUUGCACACACUGCAGCAGGGAUUUUGGCCCACUCCUCCAUACAGACUUUCUCCAGAUCCUUCAGGUUUCGGGGCUGUCGCUGGGCAAUACGGACUUUCAGCUCCCUCCAAAUAUUUUCUAUUUGGUUCAGGUCUGGAGACUGGCUAGGCCACUCCAGGACCUUGAGAUGCUUCUUACGGAGCCACUCCUUAGUUGCCCUGGCUGUGUGUUUCGGGUCAUUGUCAUGCUGGAAGACCCGGCCACGACCCAUCUUCAAUGCUCUUACUGAGGGAAGGAGGUUGUUGGCCAAGAUCUCGCGAUACAUGGCCCCAUCCAUCCUCCCCUCAAUACGGUGCAGUCGUCCUGUCCCCUUUGCAGAAAAGCAUCCCCAAAGAAUGAUGUUUCCACCUCCAUGCUUCACGGUUGGGAUGGUGUUCUUGGGGUUGUACUCAUCCUUCUUCUUCCUCCAAACACGGCGAGUGGAGUUUAGACCAAAAAGCUCUAUUUGUGUCUCAUCAGACCACAUGACCUUCUUCCAUUCCUCCUCUGGAUCAUCCAGAUGGUCAUUGGCAAACUUCAGACGGGCCUGGACAUGCGCUGGCUUGAGCAGGGGGACCUUGCGUGCGCUGCAGGAUUUUAAUCCAUGACGGCGUAGUGUGUUACUAAUGGUUUUCUUUGAGACUGUGGUCCCAGCUCUCUUCAGGUGAUUGACCAGGUCCUGCCGUGUAGUUCUGGGCUGAUCCCUCACCUUCCUCAUGAUCAUUGAUGCCCCACGAGGUGAGAUCUUGCAUGGAGCCCUAGACCGAGGGUGAUUGACCGUCAUCUUGAACUUCUUCCAUUUUCUAAUAAUUGCGCCAACAGUUGUUGCCUUCUCACCAAGCUGCUUGCCUAUUGUCCUGUAGCCCAUCCCAGCCUUGUGCAGGUCUACAAUUUUAUCCCUGAUGUCCUUACACAGCUCUCUGGUCUUGGCCAUUGUGGAGAGGUUGGAGUCUGUUUGAUUGAGUGUGUGGACAGGUCUUUUAUACAGGUAACGAGUUCAAACAUGUGCAGUUAAUACAGGUAAUUAGUGGAGAACAGGAGGGCUUCUUAAAGAAAAACUAACAGGUCUGUGAGAGCUGGAAUUCUUACCGGUUGUUAGGUGAUCAAAUACUUAUGUCAUGCAAUAAAAUGCAAAUUAAUUACUUAAAAAUCAUACAAUGUGAUUUUCUGGAUUUUUGUUUUAGAUUCCGUCUCUCACAGUUGAAGUGUACUUAUGAUAAAAAUUACAGACCUCUACAUGCUUUGUAAGUAGGAAAACCUGCAAAAUCGGUAGUGUAUCAAAUACUUGUUCUCCCCAAUGUAGAUACUUUUGUACCUGUUUCCUCCAGCAUCUUCCCAAGGUCCUUUGCUGUUGUUCUGGGAUUGAUUUGCACUUUUCACUCCAAAGUACGUUCAUCUCUAGGAGACAGAAUGCGUCUUCUUCCUGAGCGGUAUGAUGGCUGCGUGGUCCCAUGGUGUUUAUACUUGCGUACUAUUGUUUGUACAGAUGAACGUGGUACCUUCAGGCGUUUGGAAAUAUCUAUUUUCUGAGGUCUUGGCUGAUUUCUUUUGAUUUUCCCAUGAUGUCAAGCAAAGAGGCACUGAGUUUGAAGGUAGGCCUUGAAAUAAAUCCACAGGUACACCUCCAAUUGACUCAAAUGAUGUCAAUUAGCCUAUCAGAAGCUUCUAAAACCAUGACAUCAUUUCUGGAAUUUUCCAAGCUGUUUAAAGGCACAGUCAACUUAGUGUAUGUAAACUUCUGACUCACUGGAAUUGUGAUACAGUGAAUUAUAAGUGAAAUAAUCUGUCUGUAAACAAUUGUUGGAAAAAUUACUUGUGUCAUGCACAAAGUAGAUGUCCUAACCGACUUGCCAAAACUAUAGUUUGUUAACAAGAAAUGUGUGGAGUGGUUGUAAUACGAGUUUUAAUGACUCUAACCUAAGUGUAUGUAAAAUUCCUCUGUACCUGUGGUGCAGAGGUAGGUAUAGUUUUUUUUUGUGCCCUAGGGCAACAGUGUCUAGAUGGAAUUUGUAUUUGUGGUCCUGGCAACUGGACCUUUUUUGGAACACCAUUAUUUUGUCUUACUGAGAUUUAAUGUCAGGUCCCAAGUCUGACAGAAUCUGUGCAGAAGAUCUAGGUGCUGCUGUAGGCCCUCCUUGUUUGGGAACAGAAGCACCAGAUCAUCAGUAGACAUUUGACUUCAGAUUCUAGUAGGGUGAGGCCGGGUGCUGCAGACUGUUCUAGAGCCCUCGCCAAUUCGUAGUUAAACAUUUUGAAGAGGGUGGGGGUUCAAGCUGCAUCCCUGCAACAUGUGUCAUGGUCGGUCUGUCGGGUGUCAUGGUCGGUCUGUCGGGUGUCAUGGUCGGUCUGUCGGGUGUCAUGGUCGGUCUAUCAGGUGUCAUGGUCGGUCUGUCGGAUGUCAUGCCUGUUUUGUUUUUCCCCUCCAGAUCCUACACCACCACAUAGCGUCAGUGGAGAGCUGUCGUGACACGGCGGUUGUCCCUGUCAUCAGUGUCGUACUUCAGAGUGGUCCACUUUGUUUCCAGAAGAGGAGAUGUCACGACCAUCUACAAUGUCACUGUCAGAGCUGCUCGGACCAGGUCCGGUGUGUGUGUGUCGUGUGUGUUGUCGGUGUCAUGUGUGUGGUCGGGCAUCUGCUGGUUUUCCAAAUUCAAGCUCAAUGUCAGAAAGAAUGUGUGACAUUGUUGGUCUCCUCGUCACUCGUCCCCUUGUGUCCGCCUGGUCGACUGUCACGCCUAGCUACGUCUCUCUACUCCGACCCGACUUUCCUUGUGUGCCCUGUCGGUGGUCUGGGCAUCUCCCUUGCUCGAUUCAAGUAAUCAAAACGUCGACAUCCUCUCCACUCCCUCCUCCUCCCCUCCCUCUCUGCUCUCCCUCCCCCUUCUCCUCCGUCCUCACCCGCUCCUCGUCCACCCCCCCUGUCUCCCUUGCCCUCGCUCUCGCCUCCCCCCUUCCUCCUCUCGGAUCCUCCCCCCUUCUCCUCUCUCCUCCUGCCCCUUCUCCUCUCUCCUCCUCCAUUCUUCCUCUCUCCCUCCCUCUCUCGACUCCCCUCCCCCCUUCUCCUCUCUCCCUCCCUCUCUCCCUCCAUAGUAUCCUAUGAGGAGCUCUAUGCGUUCUCCUACAACCCCAAGCAGAAUGAGCAGCAGAGAGAGGAGGGCUGGCAGCUCAUCGACCUGGGGGCGGAGUUUGAGAGGAUGGGCGUCCCCUGCGACCAAUGGCAGCUCACUGACGUCAACAGGAACUACAAGGUGGGCGGGUCUAUCAAUAGAAAAAAAGAAGAAAAUGUUAGAUGUUUGCUAUGUCCAGAAACAACUUUGGUGUCUCCAGAUCUAAUGGAAUAGGAUUGAUUGGAUGUUUUACAACAAAUCCCAUUUAAUAUUCCCUUUCAUUGUGUUGUAGAUAUGUGAGACGUAUCCCAGGGACCUGUAUGUGCCCAUCACAGCCAGUAAGCCCAUCAUCGUCGGCAGCUCCAAGUUCAGGAGCAAAGGACGCUUCCCUGUCCUCACAUACUUCUACCAGGAGAAGAAGGUAACACCUAACCCUUACCAUACCCAGCUUCAUCCUAACCCUUCCCCCUAACAUUUUACCUACAUCCCAAACCUACAUAUAACCCAGUGGAGGCUGCUGAGGGGAGGACGGCUCAUAAUAAUGGCCGGAACGGCGCAAAUGGAAUGACAUCAAACACAUGGAAACCAUGGAAACCAUGUGUUUUGAUGUACAUUUACAUUUACGUCAUUUAGCAGACGCUCUUAUCCAGAGCGACUUACAAAUUGUAUUUGAUACCAUUCCACUGAUUCCGCUCCAGCCUUUACCACGAGCCCGUCCUCCCCAAUUAAGGCGCCACCAACCUCCUGUGAUGUAACCCUAAAAUAUCGUCAGGUAUGUGUGGCUAAUCGGUGUGCUCUGCGCUUGUCUCUGUCCCCUGCAGGCGGCGGUGUGUCGGUGCAGCCAACCGCUCUCUGGGUUCAGCGCGCGAUGCCUGGAGGACGAGAGCAUGCUGCAGGCCAUCAGCAAAGCCAAUCACAACAGCCGAUUUGUCUACGUCAUGGAUACCAGGCCCAAGGUACCCAAUCCUGACAUGGCUAGCUAGCUCCUCCCACAGAAGUAUGUGGACAUUCUCAGUCCCUCUGUUUCUUUCUGUUAAUCUCCCUCUCCCUCUCCCUCUCCGUCUCCGUCUCCGUCUCCCUCUCCCUCUCCCUCUCCCUCUCCCUCUCCCUCUCCGUCUCCCUCUCCCUCUCCCUCUCCCUCUCCCUCUCUCCAGUUGAAUGCCAUGGCUAACAGAGCAGCAGGUAAAGGCUAUGAGAAUGAAGAUAACUACUCCAACAUCCGCUUCCAGUUUGUGGGGAUCGAGAACAUCCACGUGAUGAGGACCAGCCUACAGAAACUACUGGAAGGUCGGUUAUGGUCAUUCACUCACUCACUCACUCACUCACUCACUCACUCACUCACUCACCAGACACGCUCAGACUCCCUCUACCUCUCUCUCUGUCUCUCUUAGUGGUGGGAAGUCGUUCUCUGUCAGUGAAUGACUACCUGCUGGGCUUGGAGAGCUGUGGUUGGCUACGGCACGUCAAAGCUGUGGUAGAUGCAGCCAUCUUCCUCACCAAGGUAAGGCCCCUUCUGCUCUUCAGAUCUAGUUAGUCACACUGAUGUUGGAAUGUCUUCACUGGACUACAUCCAACAAUGGUUACAUGUUUUGAUAAUGACAAGGGAAGUGAUUAACCUCUCUCUCACUCUCUCACACAUACAAUUUAAGGGGCUUUAUUGACAUGGGAAACAUAUAUUUACAUUGCCAAAGCAAGUGAAAUAAACAAUACAAAAUGAACAGUAAACAUUAAACUCAUAAAGGUUUCAAAAGGAAUAUACAUUUCAAAUGUUAUAUUAUGUCUAUAUAUGGUGUUAUAAUGAUUUGCAAAUAGUUAAAAUACAAAAGGGAAAAUAAACAGAUAUGGGUUGUAUUUACAAUGGUGGUUGUUCUUCACUGCUUGCCCUUUUCUUGUGGCAACAGGUCACAAAUAUCUGUCUCUCUCUCAUCUCUCUCUCUCUUCCUCCAUCUCUCACAUCUCUCUCUCUCUCCGCAUCUCUCAAUCUCCUCCGUCUUCCCACAUGCUUCUCUCUCUCCCCCAUCUCUCAUCCUCUCUCGACUCCAUCUCUCAUCGCUCUGCUCGCUCUCUUCCUCCCCAUCGCUGCCUCUCUCUUCCUCCAUCUCUCUCCUUCUUUCCUCCAUCCCCCUCUCUCUUCCUCCAUCUCUCUCUCUCUUCCUCCAUCUCUCUCUCUCUCUCCUCCAUCUCUCUCUCCAUAGGCAGUAACAGUAGAAGGAGCCAGUGUGUUGGUCCACUGUUCAGAUGGCUGGGAUCGGACAGCCCAGGUCUGCUCUCUGGGAGCUCUGCUCAUGGACCCCUACUACCGCACCAUCAAAGGCUUCAUGGUAGGUCUGUGUACUACCGCACCAUCAAAGGCUUCAUGGUAGGUCUGUGUACUACCGCACCAUCAAAGGCUUCAUGGUAGGUCUGUGUACUACCCGCACCAUCAAAGGCUUCAUGGUAGGUCUGUGUACUACCGCCACCAUCAAAGGCUUCAUGGUAGGUCUGUGUACUACCGCACCAUCAAAGGCUUCAUGGUAGGUCUGUGUACUACCGCACCAUCAAAGGCUUCAUGGUAGGUCUGUGUACUACCGCACCAUCAAAGGCUUCAUGGUAGGUCUGUGUACUACCGCACCAUCAAAGGCUUCAUGGUAGGUCUGUGUACUACCGCACCAUCAAUGGCUUCAUGGUAGGUCUGUGUACUACCGCACCAUCAAUGGCUUCAUGGUAGGUCUGUGUACUACCGCACCAUCAAAGGCUUCAUGGUAGGUCUGUGUACUACCGCUCCAUCAAAGGCUUCAUGGUAGGACACAACACAACUUCCCUAUGCCUGUAGAGAUGGUAAAAGGAAUAUCAUUCCAUAAGACUCUGUUCUCUCUCUCUCUCUGUUUCAGGUCCUCAUAGAGAAGGACUGGAUCUCAUUUGGACACAAGUUUGCAGACAGAUGUGACCAGUUGGAUGGUGACCCCAAGGAGGUGUCCCCAGUCUUCACCCAGUUCCUAGACUGUGUAUGGCAGCUCACAGAGCAGUUCCCCCAGGUAGGUGUGUGUGUGUAUGCGACAGAAUACUCACCACAUAGCAGCCAUGAGUGAUGAUGAUGACAGUGAUCAAGAUGGUGAUGGUACCGACUCUUCCUCAGGCGUUUGAGUUCAGUGAGUGGCUGCUGCUGCAGAUCCAUGAACAUGUUCACUCCUGUCAGUACGGGAACUUCCUGGCUAACAACCAGAGACGGAGAGAAGAGCUGCAGUGAGUAACACUCCCUCACUCACUCAAGUGCUAUACAGAAAAAUCCACAGUACACACACACACACACACUAUAUACAGUUGAAGUCGGAAGUUUACACACUUAGGUUGGAGUCAUUAAAACUCUUUUUUUCAACCACUCCACAAAUUUCUUGUUAACAAACUAUAGUUUUGGCAAGUCGGUUAGGACAUCUACUUUGUGCAUGACACAAGUAAUUUCUCCAACAAUUGUUUACAGACAGAUUAUUUCACUUAUAAUUCACUGUAUCACAAUUCCAGUGGGUCAGAAGUUUACAUACACUAAGCUGACUGUGCCUUUAAACAGCUUGGAAAAUUCCAGAAAAUGAUGUCAAGGCUUUAGAAGCUCUGAUAGGCUAAUUUAUAUCAUUUGAGUCAAUUUGAGGUGUACCUGUGGAUGUAUUUCAAGGCCUACCUUCACACUCAGUGCCUAUUUGCUUGACAUCAUGGGAAAAUCAAAAGAAAUCAGCCAAGACCUCAGAAGAAAAAUUGUAGACCUCCACAAGUCUGGUUCAUCCUUGGGAGCAAUUUCCAAACACUGAAGGUACCACGUUCAUCUGUACUAACAAUAGUACACAAGUAUAAACACCAUGGGACCACGCAGCCAUCAUACCGCUCAGGAAGGAGACGCAUUCUGUCUCCUAGAGAUGAACGUACUUUGGUGCGAAAAGUGCAAAUCAAUCCCAGAACAACAGCAAAGGACCUUGUGAAGAUGCUGGAGGAAACAGGUACAAAAGUAUCUAUAUCCACAGUAAAACGAGUCCUAUAUCGACAUAACCUGAAAGGCCGCUCAGCAAGGAAGAAGCUACUGCUCCAAAACCGCCAUAAAAAAGCCAGACUACGGUUUGCAACUGCACAUGGGGACAAAUAUCGUACUUUUUGGAGAAAUGUCCUCUGGUCUGAUGAAUCAAAAAUAGAACUGUUUGGCCAUAAUGACCAUCGUUAUGUUUGGAGGAAAAAGGGGGGUCUUGCAAGCCGAAGAACACCAUCCCAACCGUGAAGAACGGGGGUGGCAGCAUCAUGCUGUGGGGGUCCUUUGCUGCAGGUGGGACUGGUGAACUUCACAAAAUAGAUGGCAUCAUGAGGAAGGAAAAUGAUGUGGAUAUAUUGGAGCAACAUCUCAAGACAUCAGUCAGGAAGUUAAAACUUGGUCACAUGGGUCUUCCAAAUGCACAAUGACCCCAAGCAUACUUCCAAAGUUGUGUCAAAAUAGCUUAAGGACAACAAAGUCAAGGUAUUGGAGUGGCCAUCACAAAGCCCUGACCUCAAUCCUAUAGAAAAUGUGUGGGCAGAACUGAAAAAGCGUGUGCGAGCAAGGAGGCCUACAAACCUGACUCAAUUACACCAGCUCUGUCAGGAGGAAUGGGCCAAAAUUCACCCAACUUAUUGUGGGAAGCUUGUCGAAGGCUACCUGAAACGUUUGACCCAAGUUAAACAAUUUAAAGGCAAUGCUACCAAAUACUAAUUGAGUAUAUGUAAACUUCUGACCCACUGGGAAUGUGAUAAAAUAAAUAAAAGCUGAAAUAAAUUAUUCUCUACUAUUAUUCUGACAUUUCACAUUCUUAAAAAUAAAGUGUUGACCCUAAUGACCUAAAGACGGGGAAUUUUUUCAAGGUUUUGUUUGAAAAACCCCUACCAACUAAAAAAAACCUUUUUUUUUAAGGGGGGAAAACCCCCGGGGGGGGGAAUUGGGGCCCCCUUAGGAAAACCACCUCUCCUACACUCUUCGCAAUUCCCUAGGGCGACCGGCUACCUGGCAGUAACACGCUCACUCGGGGACUCGACAUGCAUGAAACGCCGCGAAGUUACAUCGACUUCCUCACCCGCUACAAAGACGAGAAAUCUCUCUGGAGCCGAUCCGGGAGCCCUCACAGCCACCUGCGCCCGCAUCAGCGCCCCGGCUCGCCGCGCGCACCCGCCCGGCCGCGACAGCACGCCGCCUAGCCGAGCCGCGCCGCCGAGCGCGCCCGGCGCAGCCGUCGCGCCGCGCACCGCCCCGCUCCGUCCCAGCCCGCCUCGCGCCCCCCCCCGCCCCUCGCCCCCACGCCUCUCCGCGCGCAGCCUCCCGACCGCGCACCCAUACCCUCGCGCACCCCCCCUCCGCGCCACCCCCGCGACCACCCCCGCGCGCCGCACCCUCCGCCCCACCCCCCCCCCGUCCCCCCCCGCCCCCCGCGCCCUCGCCCGCCACCGCGCGCCCGCAUCCCCGCGCGCCGCCUCCACCCGCGCCCCUCCACCGCGCCCAGCCCCGGCCGCGGCUCACCCCGCUAGCAGUCCCGGGCCCCCCCCCCGCCCUACGCCGAUCCUCCGUCGCCUCAGCCCCCCACAGCCGCGAGCCCGCGCGCCGCCUACCCAGCCGGCAGCGGCCGACCGCAGCGCUCGCGCGGGGCGCGACCCCCGGUCCCCGCGCCACGCCCCCGCGGCCCCCCGCCCUCGCGUCCCGCCCCCGCCGCUGCAGCCCCCGCGCGGCCCCGCCGACGCCCCCCGUCAGCCCGCCUCGCUCGACCCUCCGCCUCUACCGCGAGCCCCCCCCCGGCAUCCCCGCGCCAGCACCCCUCCGAAAGAGCCGGCAAACACCCCGGCGCCGAGCCCGACCCCCGUCGCCAGCGCCGAGUAGAACCUCUCGUCACCUCUUUCGAAGACUUGCGCCCGACCCUCCGCAGACUCAGAGCUAAGCAGAGCAAUUAACCCUUUUCCCUUUUAUCUCCUAGUCUCACCCUUCCUUCUAUCCUCUCUUUCUCCAAUCUCAUCACCUAUCUAUAUCUCUCCUUCUCCUCCUAUCUCAUCCCUCUCUCUCUCCUCUCUCUUCAUCUCAUCUCUUCUCCUCCUCCCUCUCUCUCUCUCCUCUAUCCCUCUCUCAUCUCCCCCUUCUCCUCAUCUCUCUCUCCUUCUCCUCUACCCCUCUUCUACCUGGUUUAGUGUACUCCUAUUUCCGUAUGCUCUCUCACACUCUCCACUCCUCUCCUCCCUCUCCUCCUCUCUGUCGGUUUGGAAUAUGUACCAUCCGUUUACGUUCCAUGCACCCCGGCAGUCUUGUCUGAAAACGUUCUCACCCUUAAGAACACACUGGAAGACCAAUAAACUGGACGGCUGUGAGUACCCUUUUGUUCUGUCACUCACUCAUGACUCUCUCUCUCGUCUCUGCUCUCUCUGUCUCCUCUCUCUCUCUCUCUCUCUCUAUGGUCUCUGUCUCUGUCUCUCUCUGUCUCUCUCUGUCUCUGUCUCUCUCUGUCUCUGUCUCUCUCUAACUCUCUCUCUCUCUGUCUCUGUCUCUCUCUAACUCUCUCUCUCUCUAUCUCUGUCUCUCUCUAACGCUCUCUCUCUAACGCUCUCUCUCUAACGCUCGCUCUCGCUCUAAUGCGCUCUCUCGCUCUAACGCUCUCGCUCGCUCUCGCUCUAACGCGCUCACUCUCGCUCUAACGCGCUAUCGCUCACUCUCUCUCUAACUCUCUGUCUCUGUCUCUCUCUGUCUCUCUCUCUCUAACGCUCUCUAACGCUCGCUCUCGCUCUAAUGCGCUCUCUCACUCUAACGCGCUCUCGCUCGCUCUAACGCGCUCUCGCUCACUCUCGCUCUAACGCGCUCUCUCUAACGCUCACUCUCGCUCUAACGCUCGCUCUCUCUAACGCUCGCUCUCUCUAACGCUCGCUCUCUCUAACUCGCUCGCUCUCUAACUCGCUCGCUCUCUAACGCUCGCUCUCUCUAACGCUCGCUCUCUCUAACGCUCGCUCUCUCUAACGCUCGCUCGCUCUAACGCUCUCGCGCUCUCUCUCUAACGCUCGCUCUAACGCUCGCUCGCUCUAACGCUCGCUCGCUCUAACGCUCGCUCUAACGCUCGCUCUAACGCUCGCUCUAACGCUCGCUCUAACGCUCGCUCUCCCUCUAACGCUCGCUCUCCCUCUAACGCUCGCUCUCCCUCUAACGCUCGCUCUCUAACGCUCGCUCUCGCGCUCUCUAACGCUCGCUCUCCUCUACGCUCCUCUCUCUAACGCUCGCUCUCGCGCGCUCUCUAACGUCUCGUCUCUCAACGCUCGCCUCGCUCUCUAACGCUCGCUCUAACGCUCGCUCUAACGCUCGCUCCUCUAACGCUCGCUCUCCCUCUAACGCUCGCUCUCCCUCUAACGCUCGCUCUCCCUCUAACGCUCGCUCUCUAACGCUCGCUCUCGCUCUAACGCUCUCUCUAACGCUCGCUCUCGCGCUCUCUAACUCUCGCGCUCUCUCUCUAACGCUCGCUCUCGCGCUCGCUCUCGCGCUCUCUCUCGCGCUCUCUCUAACUCUCGCUCGCUCUCGCGCUCUCUCUAACGCUCGCUCUCGCGCUCUCUCUAACGCUCUCUCGCGCUCUCUCUAACGCUCUCUCGCUCUCAUUACCUAGUCUAACCCUGUCUCUUCUGUCUAUCCCUCCAGAGACUACAGAAGCAUGGCAUCAGCCCCCCCACCCCAGACCCCCAGACCCCCCCUAGAGACCAACGCACCCUCCCUCUCCACACGCGGCCCCACUCCCUCAUCCUGGGAGCCCCCCUCAGCCAGAAGGAGGCGCAACAUCAGGAGGAGGAGGAGGUGGGAGAGGAGGCGACAGAGUGCUGCAGUGACACAGAGCGGACAGUAGAGGGCAGCAGCGGUACAGAGCGCAAGGAGAGCUACGGAGACCUGCAGGGGAUAUACGGGGCUAAGGUGGAGCCCGCUGUGGUCAGCCUGGAGUUUGGAGUGGCGCGCAUGACAUGCUGA